CGACGGCGGGCGGGGCGGGGCGGGCCGGGCCCGAGCUCGCGGCCAGGUGAGGAGCCCCGCCCCUCGGCGGCUCCAGGUGCGGCGGUGGGACCUUCGACAGCGGUGGGGUCCGGGCCGGGGCUGAGGCGCCAUGGCCGAGUCCCAGCUGAGCUGCCUGGACGAGGCGCACGUGAACGAGAAGGUGACCGAGGCGCAGGCCGCCUUCUACUACUGCGAGCGGCGGCGGGCCGCGCUGGAGGCGCUGCUGGGCGGCGGCGAGCAGGCCUACCGCGAGCGGGUCAAGAAGGAACAGCUGCGGGACUUCCUCUCCAGCCCGGAGCGCCAGGCUCUGUGCGCCGCCUGGAGCCCGUACGAAGACGCGGCCCCCGCCGCCCCCGCCGCCAACGCCCGGGUCAAGAGCAAGGCCAAGGCCAAGACCCCCGCGCCGGCACCGGCCGAGCCCAGCGAGUCCCUGGCCUACUGGCCCGACCGUUCCGACACCGAGGUGCCCCCGCUGGACCUGGGUUGGACGGACACUGGUUUCUACCGCGGCGUGAGCCGGCUCAUUGUCUUCACCCACCCCCCCAAGGACGAGAAGGCGCCGCACCUCAAGCAGGUGGUUAGGCAGAUGAUCCAACAGGCCCAGAAGGUCAUUGCUGUGGUCAUGGACCUCUUCACGGAUGGUGAUAUCUUCCAAGACAUUGUGGAUGUUGCCUGUAAGCGCCGGGUCCCAGUGUACGUCAUCCUGGACGAGGAGGGAGUGAAGUAUUUCCUGGAGAUGUGUCAGGGCCUACAGCUCACCGACUUCCGGAUUCGGAACAUCCGUGUCCGCUCUGUGACAGGCGUCGGCUUCUACAUGCCCAUGGGGAGGAUCAAGGGGACCCUUUCCUCAAGGUUCCUGAUGGUGGAUGGUGACAAAGUGGCCACUGGAUCUUACAGGUUCACCUGGAGUUCCUCCUACGUGGACAGGAACCUCCUCCUCUUCCUGACGGGGCAGAACGUGGAGCCCUUUGACACAGAGUUCCGGGAGCUGUACGCCAUCUCUGAUGAGGUGGACUUGCACCGGCAGCUGGGCCUGGCAGGCCACCACUACUCCUCCACCGUGGCUCGCAAGCUCAUCAACCCCAAGUAUGCCUUGGUGGCAGGCAGCCGCCACCCGCCGGGGGAGAUGAUGCGCUGGGCCACCCGGCAACAGCGGGAGGCCGGUGGCAACCCGGAGGGGCAGGAGGAGGGCAGUGGCAGCGAGUCAGCCCGGCGCCUGGAGAGCUUCCUGAGAGACCUGGCUACGGUGGAGCAGGUGCUGCCCCCUGUGGAGCCCAUCCCCUCAGGGGAGCUGAGCCGGAAGGAUGGCAGGAUGGUCUCUUGCAUGCACAUAGACCUAAAGCCCACAUCCCGAGAGGCGCCCAGCCGAAAUGGCACAGGAGAAGCGGCCCGGGUAGAGGCCGCCCCUGCCAGGGGGCGCAGGCACCUCAGCAGCAAGUUGUUGGACCGCUGGUCCAAGAGGCCCACCGUGCCCAAUGGCGUGGCCAGCUCCCACUCCACCGAGACCUUCUCCGAGGUGGAGCUUCUGAUGGGGAAGAAGCCCAACGAGGACUCCAGUGCCGAGGUCUCAGGUAAAACAAAUCCCAGUUCUGCCAAGCCCAACAAGUGCGUGAUUUCCUGAGCUGCGGGAUGGGGGUGGGCAGGACGUGUGGAUGCCCGCCUGCCCUGCCCUGUGCUGUGGAGAGCGCGGAUCACACACUGCACCAGUUUGCACAUCAGACUCCAACUGGCCUCCUGCCCUGCAGCCUCCGUCCUGGCCUCAGGGAGCCUGGAUCCCACAUGAGAGGGUCUGAAGCAUCUCAAUCAUACACCAGACUGUCGGUGGCUGGGCGGGGGUCGGUGUCACAGUCUCCUUGUUUACAUGAAGUAUAAGCUUGACCAAUGUC